CAGGACGAAUAAUUCCCCGACUGGGGUCCCAUCGGGGCUCGGUGUAAAAGGAUGGCGGAGAGCGCCGGGAUCCAGCAAGGUUCCCCGGCCAUCGGAGCUGCGGGCUCGGUUCCGGCCGCUCCGGGCGCCGGGGGGACGGAGGGCUCCGGCGCGGCUGUGGGAUCCGCACGUAUCGCCGUGAAGAAGGCGCAGCUUCGCUCCUCGCCGCGGCCGAAGAAACUGGAAAAACUCGGGGUGUAUUCCUCCUGCAAAGCUGAAGGAGCCUGUAAGUGCAAUGGCUGGAAGAGUCAGAAUCCCCCUCCAACACCUCCACGAACCGACCAGCAGUCCAACACAGUCAACCUGCAGGAGCCGUGCAGAAGCUGCUCCCACACUCUGGGCGAUCAUGUGACCCAUCUUGAAAAUGUGUCAGAGGAGGAGAUGAACAGACUUCUGGGUAUCGUGCUGGAUGUGGAGUACCUGUACACGUGCGUCCACAAGGAGGAGGACGCUGACACAAAGCAAGUCUACUUCUCCCUCUUCAAACUGCUGAGGAAAUCCAUCCUGCAGAUGGGUAAGCCUAUGUUAGAAGCACAGGAGAGUCCUCCCUUUGAGAGACCCAGCAUCGAACAGGGGGUGAACAACUUUGUCCAGUACAAGUUCAGCCACCUGCCGUCUAAAGAGCGUCAGACCAUCAUGGAGCUGGCCAAGAUGUUCCUCAACCAGAUCAACUACUGGCAGCUGGAGACCCCGUCCCAGAGACGGCAGAGGGUACCCACCGAUGACGUGGCCGGAUACAAAGCCAACUACACCAGGUGGCUCUGUUACUGCAACGUCCCUCAGUUCUGUGACAGUCUGCCUCGGUACGAGACCACCCAGAUCUUCGGGCGGACACUUCUGCGUUCGGUGUUCACCGUGUUGAGGAAACAGCUGCUGGAGCAGGCCAGACAGGAGAAGGACAAGCUACCGCCUGAGAAACGCACCCUCAUCCUCACACACUUUCCCAAAUUCCUAUCUAUGCUGGAAGAGGAGGUGUACAGCUACAGUUCUCCUAUCUGGAGCCAAGAUUUCUUGGCUGGAGCAUCAGGAGGACAGAUCCCGAUCCAUACAGUCAUCAGUGCCCCGCCGGUGACCAGACCCCUGUAUUACAGCACUAGUCCUGUGUCAAUGGACCCAUCCAGCUGUGGCAGCGUCAGUCCUGCCAGGAAAACAGCGUCUGUACUGGAGCCAAGCCCAGUUGGAGAGAAGCGCAAGCCGUCAGAGCCUCUUCUGCACGAGGACAACAAAAGGCCCAGGGUGUUGGGUGACAUCCCUAUGGACCUCAUCAAUGAAGUGAUGGCAACAAUCACAGACCCGGCCGCCAUUCCAGAGACCAGCCUGCUGUCAGCCCACUCAGCACGUGAUGAAGCCGCCCGUCUGGAGGAGCGACGGGGCGUCAUAGAGUUCCACGUGAUCGGUAACUCGCUCAACCAGAAGCCCAACAAGAGGAUCCUAAUGUGGUUGGUGGGCCUCCAGAAUGUCUUCUCCCACCAGCUGCCCCGCAUGCCCAAGGAGUACAUCACACGGCUCGUCUUUGAUCCGAAGCACAAGACUCUCUCGCUGAUCAAAGAUGGCCGUGUGAUCGGCGGCAUCUGCUUCCGGAUGUUUCCGUCACAGGGCUUCACAGAGAUCGUCUUCUGCGCCGUCACCUCCAACGAACAGGUCAAGGGCUAUGGUACCCACCUGAUGAACCACCUGAAAGAAUACCACAUCAAGCAUGACAUUCUCAAUUUCCUCACUUAUGCUGAUGAGUACGCCAUUGGCUACUUCAAGAAACAGGGGUUUUCUAAGGACAUCAAGGUUCCCAAGGCCAAGUAUGUGGGCUACAUCAAAGACUAUGAAGGAGCCACGCUAAUGGGAUGUGAACUCAAUCCCAGCAUCCCCUACACAGAGUUCUCUGUCAUCAUUAAGAAACAGAAGGAGAUCAUCAAGAAGCUGAUCGAGAGAAAGCAGGCUCAAAUUAGGAAAGUCUAUCCAGGGCUGUCCUGUUUUAAGGAAGGAGUACGGCAGAUUCCCAUUGAAAGCAUUCCCGGCAUACGUGAAACUGGCUGGAAACCAGUUGGUAAAGGGAAGGAGCUGAAAGACCCAGAUCAGCUGUACAGCACCUUGAAGACCAUCCUCCAACAUGUUAAGAGCCACCAGAACGCUUGGCCUUUUAUGGAGCCUGUGAAGAAAACGGAGGCCCCCGGGUAUUACCAAGUCAUCCGCUUCCCUAUGGACCUGAAGACCAUGAGCGAGCGGCUAAAGAGCAGGUACUACACAACACGCAAGCUCUUCAUGGCUGACAUGCAGCGCAUCUUCACCAACUGUCGUGAAUACAACCCCCCCGAGAGCGAGUACUACAAGUGUGCCAACUUGCUGGAGAAGUUCUUCUACACCAAGAUCAAGGAAGCGGGCCUCAUUGAGAAGUAG